AUGGAAAAAUACGGAUUCCCAAUUCUGUCUUUUGAGGCCAUUCAAACUAUUUUAGCGGAAAUGGGGCAACACAUAGAAAAAGAUGAUAUAUCAACAAAACCCAAUUGGGCUCGUCUUCGUCCGAUAUACGAAUUUUUCUUGGAGGCGUGUCUGUAUAUUCCUAAAGACGAAUACUUUCCGGCACCUGAAUUUAUUGACGGCUCUAUAGAAGUGGGGGAGGUUGAUGCCGAGGCGCUUGAAUUAUUGGCUUUUUUGUAUCGAUUGGGAUGUCUUGCAGAAAUAGCAGGAAUCAAUGAUUUUGCUAUUCGUGAUUCUAUCAAACCAGAACCUGGUCGUAUUAGAAAAAUUCUAAGUGGCAUAAUUAACUUUGCACGAUUCCAAACAGGCAGACAGCCGCUGUUCGACGAAUUAGAAGCAAAGCUUUUGGAUGCACGAGAAGCAGUUGAAAAGGCUGCGGAAGAACAGAACGAACUUUGUAAAGUUGUGAGCGCCCUCGAAUUGGAACGUAAAGAGCAAGAACCCGAAUUAAAGAGACUUAAGGAAGCAAAUAAUAGCCUGACCGUGGACUUGAAGGAGCAGAAAAAACUAAAUACUCCGUUAGUGAAUGAGAUAGAGUCAUUAAAACAGAAUAAGGAUGAAAUCACACAUAAAUUGUCAAAUAUCGCUUAUGCAACCGUGAAUUUGAAACAAGAGAUCGAAAGACUGAAAAUGCGAAAAUUGCCUCAAGAUCCAGAGAAAUUGAAAUUGUCGAUUGAAAAUAUGAACGAAUCUGUCAAGAAAGAACAAGAACUCGCGUCUCUACAAGAUCGAAAACAGAGAGAUGUUAAACGGAGAUUAGAUCUAGCAAUCAGUCUACAUGAGAAAGCGAAAUCAUGUGAACAAAGUAUUGAGGAAGCCGAAAACGAGAUCAAAAAAUGUGAUAAUGAUAAACAAGCCAACCAAGAAUUAAGCCAGAAACUUGAAUCACGGGGGCUCGAGUUGUCGAAUCUGCAAGCGGAAUUGGAGAGACUGCGAAUACAAGAAACAAACAAUCGUGAAAAGUUGGAUCAUUAUUUAGAACAGGCUAAAGAACGACUGCAGGAGUUGGAGGAAAAAUGGGCCGAAUCUGAAAAUGCAUAUCAGAAAUUAAAGGGCGAAGAUCUUGAAAAUGACGAGAAGAAAUGUCAUGAACAACGAGUUAUUGAAGAGUUAGAACAUAAGAUCGCGUCACUGCAUAAAGCUGAGGAAAAGAAUCUAAUUGAAAUGACCAAUCGUAGAAAUGAGUUUGAAAAUCAGGCUAAAUUCCGAUUACUCAAUCUCAUGUAUAAAAUGGAUAAUAUGUAA